AUGUACCCAAGCCAACGGAUCAAGCCUGCAAGAGUCCGAGAAACAUGUACGCCAGAUGUGGAGAUGGAAUCGGUGCGAUCGCCCAUCAGUCGACCGGAGUUCUUCGACCCUAAAGAAGCUGAUUUAAACGACUCAGGACAAGAGGAGUGGCGGCGUGCGAUUGUGGCCACCAUAGAGACGCAGCAGGAAGGUGGUGCAAUUCCCCGGCGCAUUCGGGUGUCGGCAAUGACGGAGCUGAAGGAAUUCAGUGGCAAAGAUCGAGACGAAGAUCGAGCCAGAAGCUGUAUCAACAAAGUCAAGUCGGCGUUCCUGCGCGAUCAGACUCCUGAUGAAGAAACGUGUUUGGUGUUCAGCGAUCUGUAUACGGGACCUGCGCGAAACUGGUACAACCAACUGAGCCAAUCUACCCGGCACAAAUGA